AUGGGCGUCAAAAUCCCCCGAGCUGAGCGUCCUGUGUCAGAGCCUGGCGUCGCAAAUCAUCUUAUCCCCCACCACGUUCAGGUCCGGUCAAUUCCCUACAAUUCUAUACACGCAAAUAAAGCCAUUGUAGCCAAUUCGACAAUUCUCGCUUCAUACCAACUCUGUAACACGCCCGAAGCCCUCAGCAUCGCGCUCAAGGAACUCGGGGACCAGGGUGGCAUUCUUUCCAUCUUGAGUCUCGGAUGUGUGACGUCGAUUUCCGAGGUCAAGAAUUCGGCCACGCUCAGCAUCUUCCUCAUCAACGUCCCUGCAUUCGAGAAAUACACACACCAGGGUAAUUCUUCUCCUCUUGCACCAGUAUUCUCAAACCUGACCAGCAAAGAGGUCCUCAAGGUCGAUUUUGACCUAUGA